CCACAGCAUGUUUGUUGCGCUACACUGUAUUCUCCCUGGUCUACCUGUUCUACUUGCUGCUGCUACCAUGGUUCUUCUGGCCCAACAAGCACACAGUCAGAGGUCCAACAGGCCUAUACAUCAAAGGAUUGUUUUGCACCAGUCUGGUUUUUGUGCUGGCUCAUGUCUGUUUCCAGACGAUGCUAUACACAUAUCCACCUCUGUAUACAGCUCUGGCUGACAACUGCACGCAAUGGGACGUGCUCUCCAAACACAUAGGACUGUCAAGGCUUUCAUUGGACGACCCAUGGGGUCUGAUGCGUCAGUUAUGCCCGGAUGUAGGGGUGUGCAUGGUUGCCCUGGUAACCAUGGUACUCUGCAGCCAAAUAUCGAAGAAGAGGGAGCUGCUGGCUGCUUCUAACAUCACCUCGAUUGAAGAUGUACUCACAGACAUUGAAGAAGAAGAAGAAGAAGAAGAAGAAGAGGAAGAGGAAGAGGAAGAAGAAGAAGAUGAGGUGAAUGAAGCAGUCAUUGAUGAAUUUGUUGAAGCAGACAUCGAUGUUGAAGCAGGCAUUGUAGUUGCAGACGAGGAUGAGACGAUGCUUUCAUCCAACAUGCCUGCUGAGAAGGUUUCCACAGCGACCAGAGCUAAGCAGCUGGCCCAGCGACUUCGAACCACAGCACACGAGGUUCUCCAGGACGUAGGACGGAUCCUAACCAUAUGUCUUUUGGCUUUAGCUGGCAUAACUUUUCCAUCUACGUUCUCUGCGGUCUACUUUAUUCUCUUCAUUGGCCUGUGCACAUGGUGGGCGUGUCACCUUCCCAUCAGCCCCGUGGGGUUCAACGCGCUGUGUGUCAUGGUUGGAUUCUUCACUGCUGGACACAUGGUCUGUCUGUAUCUGUACCAGAGUCAGGUGGCACAAAGCCUCUUCCCACCUGAAAGUCUAUGGGCCAGACUGUUUGGCCUGAAGGACAUCAUUCAACAUGGAAACUGUUCUGCCCCCUCAGACCUCAUCGUGAACCUCAACCAUGAUUGGCCCGUCUAUGUCAAUCCGGGUAUAUUGCUCCUUCUCUACAUAACAAUAGCCAUCGUGCUGAAGACCAGCAGCCACAGGACACCAGCCAAGAAAAAAGGUGAGCCAACAAGUGAUAAUGUGGAGCUCAGUUCCAGGAGGACACAGAGGCAUAACUAUGAGGAUGAAACACAGUUUAUGCUCCUGUCUUCAGGUCAUUCAGAGAGACCAGACACUGGGGGAGAGGCCAUUAGUGACCUCUGCCCUGCCAUUAACCCAGAAGGAGAAAACCCGUUCUUUGUCAUGGGACGAGUGGUGAUGCAGCAGAGCUACGUCUGUGCUCUCAUAGCCAUGAUGGUGUGGAGCAUCACUUACCACAGCUGGCUGACCUUUGUGCUGUUGCUAUGGGCUUGUCUCAUAUGGAUUGUGCGGUCCAGACGCCACGUGGCCAUGCUGUGCUCGCCCUUCAUCCUGUUCUACGGCCUGGCGCUGUGUUCUCUGCAGUUCAUCUGGGCCAUGGAGUUCCAGCUAGAGCUGCCCAACAAUGUGGGGCUGCUGAGUCUCAGACAGCUGGGCUUAGAUAGGGCUCAGUACCCAUGCCUCAGGCUAGGCGCUAUGCUUCUCUUUACUCUUACCUUCUGGCUGUUGUUGCGGCAAUCAGUGAAAGAGAUUUUCAGUAGGAAAAUUAAGAUGUUCACUCAACUCCAAGAGGUCAAUACCAGAGGACAGAGUGGGGGUGAUGCAUCAGUGCUGAAGGUGGUGGGAGGAGUGGUGAUGAGCUGCUAUGCCAAGUACUGGAUCUACGUCUGUGGAGGGAUGUUUAUCAUGGUCUCCUUCGCUGGGAAGCUUGUUGGAUACAAAAUCGUUUACAUGCUGCUCUUCCUUCUCUGCCUAUGCCUCUAUCAGGUGUACUACUCCCUGUGGAGGAAGCUGCUGAAGGUGUUCUGGUGGCUGGUAGUGGCCUACACCAUGCUUAUCUUAAUCUCAAUCUACACCUACCAGUUUGAGGACUUCCCUGGCUACUGGAGGAACCUCACUGGGUUCACAGAGGAACAGUUGGCUGACAUCGGCCUGGAGACAUUUGCUCUGUCAGAGCUGUUCAGCAGCAUCCUGAUCCCCGGCUUCUUCUUGCUGGCAUGCAUAUUGCAGCUGCACUAUUUCCACACGCCGUUCAUGAGCCUCACAGACCUGGAGCACGUAAACCCUUUACACAGAAAGAGUGGCUGCGCCAAUUCUGAGGGCACUGAGUGCCUUGAUGAAGAUCUGGAGAUCGGAAACCACGAUCUAGAGGAUGGAGCGCUUAUGCCUAGUAAAUGGGGUCUAGUGAUGGACAGGUUGCUGGUUCUUUGCAGACAGUUUUCAGAUACGUUGACCCAGACUCAGGAGUUUCUCUGGAGGUUACUUGAACUCCACAUCGUUAAGAUGGUGGCCUUCUACACCGUGUGGGUCGCUCUAGGAGAGCCUUCAGUCAUGAACCUGUUGCUGGUGGUCCUGUGGUCCCUAGCCAUGCCCUACGGCCGCUUCAGGCCCAUGGCGUCCUGUCUGUCCACCGUCUGGGUGUGUGUCAUCAUCGUGUGUAAGAUGCUGUACCAGCUGGUCAUCGUCAAUCCGGACAAGUACUCAAACAACUGCAGCCUGCCUUUCGCCAACAUGACCAACCUGUCCCCGGAGCAGAUGAAGAACUCUACGCUGUACAAGGGGCCCGUGGACCCCGCCAACUGGUUCGGCUUCAGGAAAGAUGCCACAGUGCUGGGAUACAGCAAAAAUCAUUUGGUGGUCCUUAUGCUGCUGGUGUUUGAAGCCACAGUCUACCGUCACCAGAUCCACCACUACUGCCAGGUCCAGUGCUCCCCCCCUGCGGUCCAGACCCUGUUCCCCGCGGCCACCAGAGACACUCUGGACCAGGGCCUCAUGAACUGCCUCAAGUACCUGCUCAACUACGCCUUCUACAAGUUUGGGCUGGAGAUAUGCUUUCUGAUGACGAUUAAUGUGAUUGGCCAGAGGAUGAACUUUGUGGUUAUAAUCCACGGCUGCUGGCUGGUGAUCAUCAUAGUGAGGCGGAGGCGGGCAGCAAUGGCUCGGAUCUGGCCUAAGUACUGCCUAUUCCUGUGCGUUUUCAUGAUUUAUCAGUAUGUCCUCUGCGUGGGGAUGCCGCCCGCCCUCUGUAUCGACUAUCCUUGGCGGUGGAACACUCCAGUGAUGAUCAACUCCGCUCUGAUUAAGUGGAUCUAUCUGCCCGAUUUCUACACUGAGCCCAACUCACAAAAUCUUAUAGCGGAUUUUGUCCUGCUGAUGUGUGCCUCCCAGCAGUGGAAGGUGUUUGAGAAUGAGCGGACAGAGGAUUGGAUGGUUCUUGCGGGGGAGAACACAGACUGUCCUGAUCCAAUGGAGAACCAACUAUUCAACCCAACACCCAAUUUCAUCAACUGCAGGUGUUACCUCGAUAUGGCUAAAGUCCUGGUGUUCCGAUACCUCUACUGGUUUGUGCUGUCAGUGGUCUUUGUCACAGGAGCGACAAGGAUCUCUGUGUUCGGACUGGGUUAUUUGCUGGCGUGUUUCUUCUUCUUUUUGUUUGGGACUCAGCUAUUGGUCAAACCAGCAAGGGCCCGCCUUGCUGUGUGGGACUGCCUUAUCAUCUAUAAUGUAGCAGUUAUCAUUGCAAAGAAUCUGUUAUCGAUCCUGGCAUGUGUAUUUGUAGUUGGGAUGCAGAAAGAUUUUUGUUGGGUGAUACAGCUCUUCAGUCUAGUUUGCACAGUGAAGGGUUAUUAUGACCCCAAGUCUGUGGGCGACAAGACCUGCACCCUCCCAGUGGAGGAGGCGGGCAUCAUCUGGGACAGCAUCUGUUUCCUCUUCCUGCUGCUCCAGAGGCGGGUCUUCCUCAGCUUCUACUUCCUGCACGUGACAGCAGAGCUCCAGGCCUCCGCCAAACAGGCUUCAAGGGGUUUUGAGCUGUUCAGAGCCAGUCUGGUGAAGGACAUGACGUUCCACCAGAAGGCCGAGGAGAAGUCCCUCUCACAGCUAAAGAGAUCCAUGCAGAGAAUCCGCUCCAGACAGAAGAAGUACCGAGCAGGACGUAGAUCUUCUGGAGGUUCUCUGGACGAUGAAGCUGAUGACCCUUCCUCCCGUCCAGACCCCAGAAGGAAGACCCCGAAGAGAUGGCAUCAGCCAUGGAUGCACCACGCUACCGUGCUCCACUCUGGCGAGUACUACCUGUUUGAGUCAGACAGUGAGGAUGAGGAAGACACGCCCUUUGAGGAGCCAACCCCUCAGAAGCAGACUGCAUGUCAGCUGGCGUACCAGGCCUGGGUGACCAGUGUGAAGGGCGCUCUACGCGACCGCCAGAGACGACAGCGAGAGCUGAGGCGGUUGGAGAGAGGAGACAAGAGCAAGGAGAGGGACAACAGAAGUAACCAAGAGGCUGGGCUGGAGUCUGGUGACCAUAAUGUCUUUGAGGAUCUGAUCCAGGAUGGACAGCAGUCAACUGAGCAGUCAGACUCUGGUCAUGGAGCAGUGGUCCAAAGGAUCCUGGAUAUCCUGAGGUUCUUAUGGGCCAUCGUGUUGGCAAUGGUGGACGGGCUGUCUGAGUGGCUCAAUCUGUUGACUAAACAGUACAGGGAUACUUCUACUGUUCUGUGCAAAGAACGCUACCUGCACAUACACAAGAUAGGACAGCCGGGGACCACAGCAGAGCCUUCAGGGGACAAUCUCUCUGAGGACGGGGACACACUGGAGAACAGCUUAAAUGAGACAGAUGCAGAAACAAACAAUUUCCUGGCCAUCACAGGUUGGUCCACAGUACCACCAGCAGUCUAUUAUGGUGGAACUGAGCAGUCAUCAGAAUCCACAUCGUGCAGCACCGUGAGGCUGGCAGUAGAGCCACAGGGGGGUCACAAACAACACAGACACUCCAGAACAGCCAGUGAAAUGCUGGGAGAAAGUUCUCAGUUCUUCAUCGAGGAGCUGGAGCAAAGCAGGGACUUCUACGCCAAGCAGAACCGCCUGUUAAAGCUCCUCUUUGCCUUGUACAGCCUGUUGGCUGCCAACUCAGAGCUGGUCUGCUAUUUAAUAAUAGUGCUCAAUAAUGUGGUCUCAGCCUCGGCCAUAUCCCUUGUCCUGCCCAUACUCGUGUUUCUGUGGGCCAUGCUAGCUGUCCCACGACCCACCAAGAAAUUCUGGAUGACGGCUAUUAUCUACACAGAGGUGAUGGUGGUGGUCAAGUACCUGUUUCAGUUUGGCUUCUUUCCAUGGAAUAGCGUUUAUGAGAUGACUUUAAACGAGGACAAGCCCUUCUUUACACCGCGGAUCUUGGGCCUUGAGAAGACAGACAACUACAUCCGAUACGAUCUGUUACAACUACUAGCACUCUUCUUCCACAGGUCUUUGCUGAUGCGCUACGGCCUGUGGCACCAGGAGGGCCCGCUGGAGGAGAACACAGCGGCCAACGAGGACGGCAUGGACAGAGAACGGCAAGGAAGGGAGAAGGAGGAAGCAGCAAGGGGAUCAGAUGAAGACGUUUUUCAGAGAGGACUUGCGAACAAGGACACCAAUGAAUCCGACUGGACCGACCAGCAAGGCCCAGUCCUGAUUCAGUCAGAAAAGGAUGAACACCGUGACCCUGCUAUUGUUAUUGGAUACACCCAAGAGAUAACUGCCACUGGACCGCAGGAUGGUUUGGAAAACCCUGCUGGUCCAGAGAACACCAAGCUAGAGGGAGAAGGACACACGGAAAAGACUGAACCGAGAAAGAGAAGCAGACUCCGCUUCCGGAAGGCCAAACGAAAGACGAGCAACGAUUUGCCAACAGAAGCUUCACAGCCAAUCAAGGAGCCGGUUAAGAAGAAGGGGGAGAGCAGACGAGCUGAGAGACUUUUAGCUGCAGGACAGAAGAUAAAGCAUGUGUUAGUCUCCCGCGUUCAGGAUGUUUACAGACCUACCCGCUGUUUCUUUGUGAAUAUCCUCCACACGGAAUACCGUGCAGCUACAGACGUCUACGCUCUCAUGUUCCUGACAGACGUGGUUGACUUUAUCAUCAUUGUGUUUGGAUUCUGGGCGUUUGGCAAACACAGCGCUGCAGCAGACAUCGCCUCCUCUCUGUCGGACGACCAAGUCCCCGAGGCCUUCCUGGUGAUGCUGCUCAUCCAGUUUAGCACCAUGAUCAUCGACAGAGCUCUGUACCUCCGCAAGACUGUACUGGGAAAGCUCAUAUUUCAGAUUAUCUUAGUGUUUGGUAUUCACCUGUGGAUGUUCUUUAUUCUUCCUGCAGUCACUGAGAGGAUGUUUAACCAGAACUUCGUGGCCCAACUAUGGUACUUUGUCAAGUGCAUCUACUUCGGCCUGUCUGCCUAUCAGAUCCGGUGUGGAUACCCCACCCGAAUUCUGGGCAAUUUCCUUACCAAGGGAUACAACCACCUCAACCUUUUUCUGUUCCAAGGGUUCCGACUCGUUCCAUUCCUGGUUGAGCUGCGUGCUGUCAUGGAUUGGGUGUGGACUGACACAACCUUGUCUCUGUCAAAUUGGAUGUGUGUUGAAGAUAUCUACGCAAAUAUCUUCAUAAUAAAGUGCAGCCGUGAGACAGAGAAGAAAUACCCCCAGCCUAAAGGGCAGAAGAAGAAGAAGAUAGUGAAAUACGGAAUGGGCGGACUGAUCAUUUUCUUCCUGAUAUGCAUUAUUUGGUUCCCACUUCUCUUCAUCUCAUUGGUCAGAUCUGUGGUGGGUGUGGUCAACCAUCCCAUCGAUGUGACUGUGACAGUGAAGCUCGGAGGUUAUGAGCCCCUGUUCACUAUGAGUGCUCAGCAGCAGUCCAUCCAGCCCUUCUCUGAGGCAGACUAUGACAGACUUACAACACUUUUUGGAGACAACGCUGUCGCCAUGCAGUUCAUAACGUUCUACAGUUCUGAGGACAUCGUGACAGCCCGGAUCGAGGGGAGCUCGGGGUCGGUGUGGAGGAUCAGCCCCCCCAGCCGACAGGAGGUGGUAAAGGAGCUGAUGGGGAGUCCUGGUGAUCUAACGCUGCGGCUUGCAUGGAACUUUCAGAGAGACUUGGGCAAAGGUGGGACUGUUGAACACUCGUUUGACAAACACUCCAUAAACCUGGAGCCAGGAAACCCAGUCAGAGCGGACCUGGCUUCACUACUGGUUGGCAACCGCACUGAGCCUGUGCGUAUUCCUCAUAUGUUCCCCAAUUACAUCCGGGCCCCGAAUGGCGCUGAGGCCAAGCCGGUGACCCAGCUCUAUGAAGGGGAUGAGGAUGGGUACCAGAAUGUGACUCUGUCCCUAAUGAGCGACAGGUCCUUAAACCGCAGUGGGACCCAGGAGUGGUGGGACAUUGCCAUCGAUGACUGUAAACCUUCCACAGGCAGCUGUCGCGUGUUGCCCAUGAUCAUAUUUAAUGACAAAGUCAGUCCGCCGAGCUUGGGUUUCCUUGCUGGAUACGGAAUCAUGGGUCUGUAUGUGUCGGUGGUCCUGGUGAUUGGAAAGUUUGUCCGCGGGUUCUUCAGUGAGAUCUCCCACUCCAUCAUGUUUGAGGAACUUCCCUGUGUGGAUCGCAUCCUAAAGUUGUGCACUGACAUAUUCCUGGUCCGUGAGACAGGAGAACUGGAGCUGGAGGAGGAGCUCUACUCAAAACUCAUCUUCCUGUACCGCUCCCCGGAGACCAUGAUCAAAUGGACCAGAGACAUGCAAGUCAGGGGUCGAAGAAGAAACUGACCCUUUAAUUUAAAGAAGUAUUUAUGAAACAGUACAAUGAAUAGCAAAAAAUGCAGUGCAUUUACAACGGAAUGUAAGCAGACAUGACAGGACGUAUGAAUUAUUUCCUAGAUGACCUCUUGCAACCAUCAUUUGGACUCUUGUGGAUUCUUGGUGUUUUUUUAUUCAUUUUCUAUUUUUUUUAUUCAGACUCAAAUGAAUAAGGGAACAAAAAAUAAAAGCAUAAUAGACUAGCUGUGAACAUGAAAUGAGAAUGGCGAUUUUAUCGUUAAAAUAAUAAUGUUAAUAUUUUUAUGGUUGAUAAAUUCCCCCUGAAAGGAGGACUUUAUGAAGUGAAAACAAUGCAAAUAAAUGAAAUGCAACAUUUGUCAGGUUGCUUAUGUUUAACAAAGAUAUGAAGAAGAUUGUUCUGGUUAGAAUAACCAUCAACAAAGGGGAUACAUUUAUUGCAGAUGUAGAUAUCUUGUAUAGAUAUGGAUACCAAACGAUUCGGAUACUUUAAUAAUUUUCAAUGUGAAACGCCCACUAAUAAUAAUAAUACAUUUUAUUUGUAAAGCACUGUUCAUAAAAUAAUCUCAAAGUGCUACAGAAACCGAAAAAAUAAUAUAACAAAACUCUAAGGGCAAUAACAAAUUAAAAUCCAGCGAUAAAAUACAUUAAUAAAAAAUAGCUAAAAGAGGAGUUGAUGUGCAGAUUUAAUUUUGAAAAAUCGAAGGACAACUUAAGAACGCCUGCUUGAACAAAAAGGUUUUUAGCUCUUUUUUAAAAGUGUCCACAGACUGGGGUUUUCGCAGAUGUUCAGGGAGGGAGUUCCAGAUGUGAGGGUCAGCGGAGCAGAAGGCUCGGUCUCCCAUGGUGCGAAGUCUUGUGCGGGGCUGAUGGAGGUUUGUGCUUUGGGACCGGAGGUUACGGGUGAAUGAGUGAGGUGUAAGGAGGUCUUUGAGGUAUUGCAGGGCGUUGCUGUAGAUUCAAAGGUGGGUGAUGAGGGAGAUCUUGUAUUGAAUACUUGAGGUUCUGGGGAGCCUGUGGAGGUUCUGAAGAAAGGGGGUGAUGUGGUCUUAUCUGCGGGUUUUCAUCAGAGUUCGGGCAGCGCAGUUCUGAAUGAAUUAAAGUUUCUGAAGGUGUUUACUAGGUAUAACGAUGAGCAGGCUGUUACAAUAUUCAAGCCUGGAGGAGAUUAAGGCGUGGACGAGUUUCUCUGAGUCAGAGAAAGUGAGGGGCGGAGUUUAGAAAUGUUCUUGAUAUGGAAAAAGCAGGUUUUUACAGAUGUUUGAUGUGGUUUGCAAAGGUCAGUUGUGGGUCCAGCUUCACAACGAGGUUGGUAACUGUGGUUAAAAGGGGGAUGUCUUGACCGGAGAAGGAGAUUUGUGGUUAUGGGUGAUGACUGGACCUGAUGAGGGGUGCCAAUUUGUAUGGUUUCAGUUUUAGAGCUGUUCAGCUGGAGGAAGUUGUGACUCAUCCACGCCCUAAUCUCCUCCAGUUAGUUGGAGAGGGCUAGAAAAGAUGGUAAACAUAAACUAAACAUUGUUAUGGCUGGAACUGGUAUAUUAAAACAGCUAAAUAAUAACCAGCAAUCCUUUUCCAAGUAAAGGAAAAAUGGAUAAAAUAAAUACUAUGCUUUCAAAUUAAAUUAACAGAACCACCACGCGUGGAAGGGGCUGGACAGUUGACCAUGAAAUCAGCAAGUCCUGCAGCGCGCAUUCAGCCAUGUGAUUGGACAGAAUCUCCUCAAACGUUGGUAGAUUGGGUAAAGCAUAGCAACCUAAUCUGAUAGAAUAUUGUUAUGUGGCUCAGAAGCCACAGCUGUUUGUGUCUUCCAGUUUAUAAUGCCCGGUGGAAGGAAACAAAGGUACAGGUUAUCCAUCAGGGAUCUGGUCUGACCGGGCCUUCAGUAAGUGUGAUUAACCGCAACAAGCCGUUUUGAAAAUCAGCCUCUUCUGACAUCACAAGUGGGCAUGU